CACGCGACUGCCCUUCUGCUAUGCCAGCACCGGAAAGCCGCCAACAAUGUUUCCCCGGUUAUGUUGAACAAGUCACUUCGUAUGCACAAACGCCCUAUUGAUCGGUCCGCCAAACUUCUGCUACUGAAGCGACGUUCGCAGCCACAAAUCCCUUCCAGAUUAUCUCGCCGCCAUCCAUCUCUCCCGAGAUUCCCAACUACAAUCUCGACAACAACGUUUGUUUUAAGUGUGUCAUUCUCCCAGCAUGAACAUGGUGGCAUACUCAACUAUCGGUAUUUUAAAAGGCUCGCAGUACCUAUGAAUGCUCAAUGUCCUGCGCCCCUCACUAUGCUUCCGACAGAAGUGCGCCUUGAAGUUUACCAACGGCUCUUUCACCGUGAUCAGCCAACUGUCUAUACAGGUCGCUUAUCAGAUCAGGUACACGAUCAUAGUCUGAUUAUCUAGUACGAUCAUGACAUACACAUCCACGGUCAACGUGAAGGUGUUCGAGCCGCGUUCGCC